AUGUCUGAGCUUCCCUCUGUUUCCCGUAUGUCCUUCAUGUUGCUUUGCGUUCUGGGUAUGACCUUGGUGACAUCUGGCUUCCCUCAGCCCCGACUACCUCUCAGACGUCCUGAGGAUUCAGAGGAACAUAAACGAGAUGACUUGGAUGUCCUCUUCCCGUCUAUCUCGCUCCGUGAUUGGAGCAUCCACAUGAUGUCAGCUCCCAGCCUCAGAGCAGCAGCCGACAGCAAGGCCGGACUGAUGAGGGAGGCGUGGCUCUUUGACCCGGAGAGGGCCGAGGAACGCGUAAAGGGGGCCUGGCCUGCCGAGUGGUCGCCUCAAGGAGCCGGGCUGGUGAAGAGGAACAUGGUGGUGGCUGAUGAUGUUGCCUUCAGAGAGAAGAGUAAGCUCCUCACCUCCAUGGAGAGACAGAAGUGGCUCAACUCCUACAUGCAGAAGCUCCUGGUGGUUAAUUCUUCGUGAUAGUUCAGUUGUUAAAACGUUUUCCAUAAAUUCAGACCAACUCUCUGACCCCUAUGCUGGCAAAACAAACAAACAAACAAAAAAAACCCUUUUAAAUCUCUGAGGGAGUUUCCAGCCACUCAACAUGAAAACAGAAGACAGUAUUGACAUUAAAAUCCUACCAACUGUAUUUAUAUUUCG